UGCGUGUCAUUCACUGGCGCGAGCUCGCGAGCGUGGAGCGCGUGCCGCGUGUGUGACAUGACGCGUUCUCUCGCUCUGGGCGCCGCGGCGGCGUGUAGCAAUCGCCGCGGCGACGGUGCCGUCGUGGGAUUUAAAUGCGUGCCAGUGCUUCAGUAGUAAUAAUCGCGUGAAACGUAACGCGCGAGUGGGCGUGAGCGACCGAUUAGGGCCGCUGUGAGCUGUCACGUAUGCAUGAGGUCCCGCGAACGCGACGAAAGUCGCACAGCGAUAUUAUAUGCUUCCUACGCUGAUGUGGAUACCAAGAAGCUGACAAAUUUCGCGUCGAGAAUGUGAUUUUAUAACAAUAUUUUUAUCGUUCAACAUAUAUAUUUUUGUACCGUCAAGAUGCACUUUUCUAUACCGGACACUCAGGAAUUUAUGGACAGCGCUGGGAAUGCAUAUAUCGUUGAGGAUAUAAUAUUCACAUCAAUGGAUUGUUUCAUUGCACCGCGAGAUACAAACAGCUGUACAAUCUCCACGUGCAACUGUCGAAGGAUCUCAACAUGUCGUUACCUAUAUUUCCUCCGAAGAAGUUCUUUCCCUUGACCGCCACUCAGCAAGAGGAACGGCGGCUGGCUCUGGAGAAGUACAUCCAGUCCAUCGGUCAAAAUAUAGCCAUAAAUAACUCGGAAAUAUUAAAUGGAUUUCUACUGAGUGCUCAACAAGAAACUGCGGACGGUCUGUCGGAGCAGGAGACUUUAGAUAUCUUUCUUACGAACGGAUCCAAAAUUUCGUUGAAUGUUUCGCCGGGAGAGCAUUCCGGUGAAGUUUUAAAGAGGGUAUAUAAACAUAUAAAGUUAGCGGAAAAAUAUCACUUCCAUUUUGCCCUAUUUGUUAUUAUGCAAGAUGAGUUACCAGGUAGCAUCAAAAUAUUGCGCAAGUUACAAGAUUUUGAAUCGCCAUUUAUAACGCACAAGUAUAUGAGUUCUAUGGGUACGCGAGUUGUUCUCAGAAAAAAUUACUGGGACACAACGUACGACGUUGAGUUAUUAAACGAUCCGGUAACGUUAAAUCUACUGUACAUUCAAGCGGCUGCGGAAAUUCACAGCGGCUGGAUUCCGGUUGCCAAGGAAGUGCAGCGUCAAUUGGAAAAUUUGGAAAAAUCCGAGAGUAGAAAAGAGUACCUGAAUAUAGCUCGUCACUUGAAAUAUUACGGCUACGUACAGUUUUCACCGUGUUACUGCGAUUAUCCCGAGCGUAGCUCGAAAGUAUUGCUCGCUAUAGGUGGAAAUGAAUUGAAUUUACGCGUAUUAUCGUCCGAAGAGCACGAAGUCGUGUUCAAAGUAUCGCGAAUGCGAUGCUGGCGCAUCACUACUAUACAAAAUGGAACGGAUCAUCACGAGGACAGCAACGAGUGCAGUUUGGAGUUAUCUUUCGAAUAUCUAAUUGCUAAGAAUGAAUUGCAAUGGAUCACAAUUGUAUCCGAGCAAGCGAUUUUAAUGUCUGUUUGUCUGCAAGCCAUGAUUGACGAGUUAUUGCAGAAGCGCGUAGUGGGGAGCAGAAUUCAGGCGGAACCUGGGAAAUCGUGGACGUACAUUAUGAGGGACGGUCAAACGCGUGUCAUUGCAGGAUCGCCGCUGCGCGAAUGUGCCAAUAAUAAUCAUUCUAAAUCGGGACCAAUGAUAAAGAAACUUGCUAACAAAUGGUCGGCUGUGACGUCAAAGAAAUCAGAUGAUUCGAGAGCUGUUGCUGAUAAGACUCAGACAACGACAACGGAUCUCGAUGUCGUGGAAAAUAACGUUUUUCGUAUGAUAGGAGACGACGAUUUAUGAGACAAAUUUUUAAGAGCGUGCAAACACAGUGAUAAAAAAAAACUAACAGGAUAUGUGCCUUAUCGAAACGCUCUUUUUAAAAAAAAUAUAUUUUGAGAUAUAUUUUACAAAUCGUGGACACUAUUUCCAAUUUAAAAAUUAACGAUAGGUAGCUCUCGAGAGAUUUUCUUGAAUGAUUCAUGUUUAGUGUGUUUUGUAUGUGAUUAAAAUGCAUUUAUAUUUAUUGAUAACUUUUUAUAAAAACAUUCUUUAUACAAAUUUUUUAUAUACCGUCCAAUUCCAAUGAUAAUUGAUCUGAUAUAAAUUGGAAAUUAACUUGGACCAAAAUUUUGCAUAUACAAAAAAUAUUCAUGCACAAGGUACUUAAUGAUAGGGUUAGUAUUAAUGAUACGCUCGUACUCGUUAACGAAAAAUCAAACUGAAGAGAUCAAACGCGCACAGUUUGUAUAAUAUUUUAUUAUUGUUAAACAAAAUGAUUGAAAAGGCAGCAUGUUAAUAUUUGCUUCUCUCUGUAAUUAUCUUAAACAAAACUAUUAAUAAUAAUAUCUCGCUUUAAUGUUAUUAAUAGCAAUCGUUUUAUAUGAGUUGUUGUUACGUUCUAUUAUUAGACUAUAAGUUUUCACUAAAUCAUUCACUCGGAAAACAUACAUUUGCCUUCAGUCUCUAUAUUUCAGCCCAAACACUGUAAAAGAUUGUACAAUACACAAUACGAAUGUAAAAUCAUGGUGUUGUCGUAAAACUGUCAUGAUUGGAUAUAAAGCCAUAUCUCCAAAUGGAAAAAUAAAAAUGGACUAUUACGUUGCCUUAUGAAAUAUGUAACUAUAAAUCUUCGUAUAUGAAAAAGUGAUUGCUAGCUAAUGCUAAAUGACUGACUGACAAUCGUGUAGAAAAUGCAUUAAAUGUACUUCUUUGUAACAUUAUUGUGUAAACAUUUUUGUCGUUUUACUUUUUUUCUUUAAUCCUAAAACGGAUAGCGCAGAACAUUAAUUAAUGGAUACAGGUCAUAAGUUUAAGAAGGAAGAUUUUACAGCAGCAUAAGCUGCAAAAAUAUAAAGUUUGUAAACCUAUAGUUUUAUAUAAGAAUGCAAUUUACAACUAUCCUCAAGUGCCGAUGUAUUGUACGAACUGUAAAAUGAGAAAAUACAAUAAAGUCAUCACAAUUUUAACGC